AUGUUGUCCCGCUUUAGCAAGUUUAAGACCAAAUUUAAACCCCUGCCGCAGACUGCUCAGCCACAGAAAGCCUUAGCUCAUCGCGAACUCACGCAGUCCCAAACAUCUCCACCAUUGGUGACUACCCUGAAGUCUGCAGCCGAGGCGGCGACAUCACUGCCCGACGUUGCUCCUUCUCAAACCUCGCUGUCGAGUCUGCAGGAGCGACUUUGGAACCAGGCAUACGAUGAACUUAAAGCCAGCGAGCCUAAAGCAGUCGAUGCGUACGAGACGAUCCUAUCCAAUGAACUUUGCCCAGGGAAUAAUAUGCAAAAUGAGAUAGGCAAGACUCCUGAUACAAGGUGUCAACAAAUGCAACAGCUGGUCCAUGCAGGACUAAACCGCACACUCAAGGAAGCCUCUAUCAAGCAGGGAAUCGGUGAAUGCAUGGAGGCGGUGCAAGCAUUGAGAGGAAUAGUCGGCCAGGCCAUACAGGCUGCUCCACAAGCUGCGGUCGCAUGGGUUGGUGUUUGCAUUGGCUUAGAGAUCAUUUCGAAACCAGUCACUGAGGCUCUUAGCAAUCGCAAAGGAAUAUCUUACGUUCUGUCGAGAGUGAAUUGGUACUGGAACCUGGCGCAUCUCUUAUUAGACAAAAAUAAGGCUGUCGACUCCUCAGCUGAGCUACGCGACGAAUUAGAGAGCCAUAUCGUCAAACUCUACCAAAAACUCCUCUUAUACCAGAUAAAGAGCAUCUGUCUUUAUCGCCGGAAACAGCUUAGUAUUAUCGGCAGGGAUCUACUUUCGCUUGAUGACUGGGUUGGCCAACUUAGUGACAUCCGAGAAGCAGAGAAUGCCAUCAAAAAUGAUGCAGAGCAGUACAAUUGUGAGCAGAUAAAGGAAUACAUUAGCAAUCUCGCUACUACUGCAGCUUCCCAAGAAAAGAAGCUCGAUGGCAUCUAUUCAGCUAUUCAGGACCAAACACAGCGACAAGAGGAGAGGUAUCAAGACGACAAAGACAAGCAGUGCUUGAAAGACCUAUAUGAAACCAAUCCUAUUAAGGACAAGGAGCGCAUUCAGGAUACAAAGGGCGGUUUACUUAGGGGCUCGUAUCUCUGGAUUCUUGAAAACACCGACUUCAGACAAUUUCGCAAUAAUCCGCAGAGCCGGCUACUAUGGAUUAAGGGUGACCCUGGUAAAGGCAAGACUAUGCUUUUGUGCGGCAUUAUUGACGAGCUGCAGAAAGAACCCGAUACAGUCUUAUCCUACUUCUUCUGCCAAGCUACCGAGGCUCAAUUGAGCAACGCAACAUCUGUCUUACGUGGGCUUCUGUACCUAGCCAGUUGUCAAUAUACUCGCUGGGACCGUUACAUGUACCACGAAGUACCUUUCCCCCGAUAUUUUGAAGAAAGAGAGUGCGCAGCAGGAAGCAAUAUUUGCAAAGAAUAA